UUGCAGCAGCCGAGGGACAAGGCAGAAUCUGUGGUCAAGGACAGGCAGGAUCAGAAAACCACAAAACUCUUCGAAACAUGAAACAAUGGCUUGAAAGCUGUGACUAGAGCAACAGACGAUCUCGCACUGAGCAGGUGAAAAGCAGCACAGUGCAGCGCAUUCAACCUGCAGACCGACUGUAAACGUGGAAACUUCCUGUGGUGUGAUUGGUCGAAAUUAUUAUCUCUUUACUGUCUUCAACCUGCAUCAUCAACGCCAUGAUGUGUCUCCUGCUGCUUCUUUGUGCCUUGUUGCCUUUGAGUCAACCUGCUGUGCUUCCAGUUGCUGUGGAUGGGGCUGAGAGCCAUGAGGCUCUUCCAGAAGACACCAGAGAAAAUCCUGAGACUGAGGACAUUUUUGCAGAAGAUCAUUUGACUCUUCAUGAAGAGGAACCUGGAAACUGGACAGAUGCAGAAGAACCAACCUUUGAACCUGUGGAUGAGGAAGCUUACCUGAAGGCUCUGAAUGGAACAGUCCAACGUUCAGGAUCCUGUUCUUCUGGCUGGACCCGGGUCAAAGGUCGCUGCUACCACGUCUUUCCAUUCGCUGCCACUUGGCACAGAGCUCAGUCGAACUGCAGGUCCAUACUUGCACACCUUGCAUCAGUCCAUGACUACGAGGUGAAUAAUCAGCUUGUGAGGAUGAUAAUAGCUGCAGGCCGGGGGCGAUCUGCAGUCUGGAUUGGAGGCAAUGACAUACAAUGGGAUGGCCGCUGGCGCUGGGUGGACGGAAGGCCUUUUCGCUAUAGAAACUGGUGUCGAUUCGAACCCAACAACUUCUUUGAUCAGGACUGUUUGCAGAUGAACUUCAGUCGGCACAGAUGCUGGGACGAUGCGCAGUGUUACUUUCAAAGACCAUUUAUCUGUGUCAGAAACUUCUGAUGGCUAUUUGAUUAGAAAUGAUGCACUUUGUGUGUCAAAAACACAGAGGCGUUGGUGAUCAAUGUUGGUGUUUUUCUUACAGAGUGUCAAGACAAUAACAAGGAUAAAAAGUAUGAAUAUCUGUAUUUAAAUACAGAUAUUAAAGACAAAAAAGAAACUCGUUUAAAUGUAUUUGUCAGAUUGUUUGAUCAAACGUUACAAUAAAUAAAAAUG